AUGGAACAUCGAAAUACGACGAAGCUACGUUGCCGCGACAUCUACAAAAAUGCCGAGAAGAUGCUCACCCUAUUUCAUGCGCAUAAACAUUUGAGACUGGAAGGCGUGUAUUCAUCUGCAUAUCACAAUCCAGGUUCCCGAUCUUCAGCAGAUAAGCGUAGGAUGAGCGGAAACAAACCAUGGGCAGGAGAUCGAUCCUUGGAAUCACGUUUGAAAAAGUUCCAGAAGAAUCCCCGAUCCUCUUCCCUGCUUCUUUUUGAACGUGAUCGUUCUUCAGCUGCUGAGCUGGACCUGCAACAGGGAAUCGAGUUUUGUUCGCAACGAAAAGGUUUCAUACGGUAA